GCAGGAUCCUUGGAGCAGCCAAUCGACCUUUCUUCAUGGCGCCCGCACAGCUCGCGACCACGCAAUCGACGGCGCACGACCCCGUGUCCAUGGGCGAGUACGUCAUGUCGCCGACGCACCAGAUCAGCCCCGAGUCGCUGCCGCUCUUUGCGACAGCGCCGCCGUCGCCGCUUGCGAUCAAGGACUACAAGGGCACGGGCACGGUCCUCGGGUCGGUCUUUACGCUCACCAACACGAUCCUCGGCUCGGGCACGCUCGCGGUGCCGUUUGCGAUCGCGUCGAGCGGGUGGCUCGCGGGCCUGAUCGUGAUGGUUGGGAUCGCGCUCAUUACGCGCUACUCGGUGUCGCUCCUCAUGCGUGCGAGCGACCUCGCCGGCGACUCGGCCGCCAAGACAUACGAAAGCCUCGGGCACCACACCAUGGGCAAGUACGGCACGUACCUCGCAGAGUUUACCUUUAUCUUUGGCGGCUUUGGCACGCUCACGUCGUACUUUAUCUUCAUCACGGACCUCCUCUGCGCGAUCUUUGGUAUUGCCCAUGCAAACCGGAGCUAUGUCACGCUGCUCUUUACGUUUGGCAUCAUUUUGCCGCUCUCUCUCAGCCGCCGCCUUGGGAAGCUGCGCAUCUCGAGCAUCCUGGCCACGUGCGCCGUCACGUACGUGGUGUGCCUCUUCUUUGCUGUCUACCUCGUCGUGUCGUCGUCGGCGACGUUUACGCCCGUGGCUGUUCCCGCGGUGAACAUUACUUCGACGUCCGUCUACACGGUGACGCUGCUCAUCCAGGCCUUUGCGUGCCACAACACGGCGCUGCCCGUGUACGAAGAGCUCCGCGACCGCAGCCUUGCCCGCAUGAACCGCGCCGUCGUCGGUGCCAUUUCGCUCUCGUUUCUGCUCUACACCGUCAUUGGCUUCUGCGGCGUCUUUACCUUUGGCGACAAGACCAUGGACAAUGUGCUGCUCAACUUUUCACCAGCGUUCCUCGCCGUCUACCCGGGUUUAGAGACACCGCUGUGGCUCGCUCGGCUCUGCAUGGGCGUCGCGCUGCUCUUUUGCGCGCCGAUCGCCAUGUGGCCGUUCCGGUCCUGCGUGCUCUCGGUUGUGCUCCGAGUGACCCACGGCAAGCAGCUCCCGAGCUCGGUCGCGUCCACGACGGUGUACCGCACGACGACGCUGUUGCUGAUCGUGCUCAUUCUCAGCGCCGCCUUGUUUGUUCCGAGCGUCAAAAUUCCGCUGAGUAUCGUGGGCUCGGUCGCGGGCUCGCUCAUCAUCUUUAUCAUGCCGUCGCUCUUCUACAUGCUGCAGCUGGACGACCGCCCGCUGCUGUCGUGGCGCAACCUCGGGCCGCUGCUCAUGCUCGGCACCGGCAUCUGCGUCGGCGUCCUCUGCUUUAGCAUGACCAUGUACAAGCUCCGGCGCGAGUUUUAUCCGUAAAUAAUCAAGGUAUCGACUCGUCGUUUGGCCGUUCAA